CGACGGUGUGCAUUGCAUCGUCCUCCUUUCCUCCGAUUUUCUCUGAAUAUUCUGGGACGCAGCGACGCUGUCGUAUAUAGUCUUCGUAUAAUCCAGGUAAUAUCCCAGGUCAGCCAUGGACGGACAACAAGCGCCAGACGCGCUCGGGCUGCAUAACGCCCAGAAAGACAUCUUUUCCACGCUCUUCACCUCCUCCGACUUCUCGCCCAUCUCCCACUCCCAUUCGCACCCUCAUACUACCCAUAGCCAGCAUCAUCACCAGCAUUCGGGCCCGGUCAGCCUCACAUCCUCGCCGCACCUCCUGCCGCACUCUGGGCACCCCGGAGAGCAGCAGCAGUCUCGUUCAACGAUGUAUAAUCCGUCGAAUCCGGCGUCGUCGAGUGGAGUGGGCAACUUUGAUCUGUUGAGCGAGAUGCUAGCGGGUGCGGGGUCCGGGAACGGUGCAGGUGGUGGAAAUGGCGGGAGUGGGCAGCAGCAGCAGGGUGGAGGGGUUAGUGGUGGAGCUGGACAGCAGGCACAGUAUAAUCACCAGGCGAUGCUCGAGCAGCGGUUGAAGCUGAAUCAGUUGCAGCAGCUGCAACUGCAGAAUCAGAUCAUCCAACAGCAGCUUGAGCUUUUGAGUGGGCAGGGUAUGGGCAACGCGAUGGACUCUGCGCCCAAACAAAAUUCUAAUUUCUUGGGAUUGCCUACGCCGAUGUCCUCCACCGAACUACACGCCCAAUCAUCCCCCGCCAACGACUACGUCUCCCCCAUGGCCCUCUCCUUCAUCGACAACUCCCACCACUUCCGCUCCUCCAACUCCUCCUCCAAUCCUGACUCUCAACCCCCGCCCGAAAUGACGCUCGCGCCACCGCAUCCGCACGGGUCGCACCUCACGCAUUUCGGGCACGGACACCAAUCCCAACAAUCUCACCAACAACCUCACCACCACCAACAUCAACAACAGCAGCAACAGCAACAUUCUAGUCAACACCACCAACAUCAUCACCUCCCCGCCCACCUCAUCCACUCCGCCCCCGCAAACCUCGUCUUCAACACCACGCCCCCAAUUCCCCUCCCCAGCCCCGGCAAAAUGGAUUUCGAUCUCUCGCCGUUGACGUCGCCCUGGAUAGAAGCGUAUAACAGCCAGAACCCGCAUCUUCAGAACACGAACACGAACGCGGGCGCAGGGUCGGGCGCGUCGUCGAAUUUGCAUUCGCCCGUCGAUCCGUCGCUCGGAUUGGCUUCGCCGUCUAAUAUGAACUCUGGGUCUGGCUCCAAUUCCAACUCCGGCUCAGGUUUGGGCUCAGGUUCAGGUUCAGGUUCGACAUCGAGAGGAAACAAACGCACAGCGUCACCCUCCGCCACCGAAGACGAACAAGCCCGCUUUUCAGCCCAACGAUCGAGAUCGCGAUCGAGACCUUCGCCUGCUGUGCACCCUGUGAUGGGCAUGGGGCGGAGAACGAGUACGAGUGGGAAUGUGGGUGCUGGUGCGAAUACGGGGAGGGGAACGAAGAGCGCGAGUUCGACGCCGCUUUUGAGGGGUACGAGGGGUGGCGGUGGGAGUGGGAGGAAGAAUAGUGUGAGUGGCGGUGGCGGUGCGGGACAAGGAGGGAUGGGCGAAGCCCCGAAUGAUUCGCCGUCGCCUGUUGAUCUGUCCAUGCCUCCUCCUGCUACACCUUCUAUAUCUUCAAACCCACUCGGGCAGAACCAGAACCAGGGACAGCAGGGACAGGGAGAUUUCGUCGGAGGUGGGAUGGGCGGGUUCGGUGGGUUGGGUGGGAUGCAGAGUUAUACGCCCGUGACGCCCGCAUCGAUCAUGAACCUCGGGAGACUCGGUAUCGAUUCGAGUCUCGCACCACCUCCUCUUCCUCUUCCUCACUCGUCUUCGUCUUCGACUUCGGUGCUGAGUCCUGCGAAUCCAUACAUCAACGCCGAUGCGGGUGGCAGCAAUGGUGGAGGCAGUAGUGUCAACAGUGGAGGCAGCAAAGGUAACGGUGGUGGCGGUGGUGGAGGGACGGGAGGAAAGGUGGCGACGAGGAGCUCGUCGAGGGUUAGGAAGCAGGGAGGGACGGGAGGGAGAGCGGGGGCGGAGGGGAGCUUGAUCAGUCCGAGUUUGAAGCCGAUUUUGCCUGCCGGAAACCUAAACUCAGGCCUCACCUCUCCCUCCUUCAACCCGACCUCCGGCUCCGGCUCCGGCUCGCCAGUGAUGCGCAAAACGUCGCAUAAAGCGGCCGAACAAAAACGGCGGGAUAGCCUCAAAACGACAUUCGACGACCUCCGCACUUUACUCCCGCCCAUCCCUCUCCCCUCCUCUUCCUCCACUAACCCCUCCAACCCCAACGCCUCCUCUACCAACCCAGGCGAUCCAUCCUCUUCCACUAAUGGUGGUAAUGGUGCACAAGAUCCUACAGCGCCUCCCCUCCCUCCCUCCAUGUUCACCGAAUCCGAGACCCUCCUCCCGGGCGCUAUGCCCCCCCGCGGUCCACCCCGCGGAAACAUAGAUGGCCCGAAUAGGGGCGUGAGGGAUGGUGGGGCGGAGGGACGAGGAGAUGGAGAGGUUGAGGGGGGAGGUGAGGAGGUUGAGGGGGAUGGUGGGUGGGCCUGGGGGUGGGGGUUGGCGAGUGUUGGGGAGGGUGGGGAGGAAAUGGGGGGUACGGAUGGGUUUGAGGGAGAGAUGGAGAUGGGGAUGGAGAUGGGGAUGGGCGAUGGUGAAGGGGGAAUGGGGAUGAGCUUGAGCGGGCUAGGAGAGGUGGAUCUGGAGAGAGAUGUGGAUGAGGGGAUGAUUGGGGGAGGAGGGCCUUGGAGGAAGAGUGGGAGUUUGUAUGACGGGGAGGAAGGAGAAGAGGGCGAGGAGUGA